AUGGGCAGCGUCGGCUCCCUGGGCAGUGACGAGAUGGCGCGCCCCAGUGUCGCCAACGGGAAAGCCCCGAGCCCCCACGCCCAAGGCCUUUGGUGUGGGCACCGAACAGGGAAGCACGAGCUCGCUUGGCGGCUUUACAGAAGCAGAAAUAGCAUCUUGUGCGGCUGCUCCUGGUGGGUCCACCUCUCCGUCCUUCGAAGUGCGGGACGCGCGUCCCGGGGACUGUGGUCAAAAGUCCUGCAGCAACAUCGAAGGAACGCGCAGAGGCUGCAGCAGCAGAGCCAAGUCUUCCUCCUGCCGCCCGCCUCUGACGGGACAUGCCGCCUCCGACAAGCACAGCGCCCCGGCCAGACACCCCCAGCGCCACAGCUUCUCCAGCCUGGGCUCAGACGGACAAGUAAUCAAGAUAGCAUUUGGCGGUUUCUCGAAUCAGGCAAGGCGCUUGGCCUCACCCCUCCCUUCGGGGCAGGGGCAAAGUUGAGAGGAGGCAAGAGCCCAAAGCAGCCCCUUGGCAAAGCGGAGAGGGCGCUGGGGUCUCUAAUUUUAUCCCAGGGGCCCCAUCAUGUGCUUGGCCGGAGAAGACGAUGCUUUAAGAGUGCAAUCUCUCUGAGAAGUCGGCCUUGUUCCUUCCAUGGCUUCGGAGCCCCGGCCCCUCUCGCAGAGACCCUGCAGCCCGCAUACCAGACAUGCCCACACAGACCGGAGUCCAGCGCCCAGGGCCGCUGGUGAAGUUUUGGGGUGAUGGGGAGACCAUACUUCCUGACCAGCCCCUGAAAUGAGAGUAAAGGAAGAAAAGAGAAAGGACUCACCGAAUUUGUACCGAAGCCCAGAGUCCAGACGAAAACACUCCUCGCCCCACGCGUUGGGCGCCAUGUGAUGAAGCUUUGGGGCGAUGUGGGGUUCAUCGGCCAAGAAAGAAUUCUUGAAGACGUUUUUGGUGCA